AUGACUUCCAUUAUACCAGCUCGCCGGCGCCAGCAUGUCGCCAAGGCCCAAACAGCCCCGUUCCCAUCGAAGCAACUUUACAUCCUUGCACUAUGUCGCAUCUGCGAGCCAAUCGCCUUCAUGUCCAUCUUCCCCUACGUCUACUACAUGAUCCUGUCCUUCAAGAUCACCUCUGACACCCGCCAAAUUGCUGUCUACGCCGGAUUGGUCACCUCCGCGUUUGCCUUCGCAGAAUUCUUAUCAGGUGUCGCCUGGGGUCGGAUCAGCGACAGGGUGGGAAGGAAGCCGGUGCUUCUUGCUGGACUGGCAGGAACGGCGCUCAGUAUGCUGGUAUUCGGGUUUGCUCCAAAUCUACCAGUUGCGCUAGUAGGGCGAGCCCUGGGAGGAUUGCUCAAUGGGAAUAUGGGAGUUCUCCAAACUACAGUUGCCGAGAUUGUCACGGUCAAGGAGCAUCAAUCUCAAGCCUACGCUAUCAUGCCAUUCGUCUGGAGUCUUGGGUCACUUCUAGGUCCUGCGCUUGGCGGAGCUUUGGCCCAACCUUGCGAAUCCUUCCCUACGUUCUUCGCCCGAGGCACACUCUUUGACCAGUUCCCAUUCUUACUACCCAACCUUGUCUGCGCUGUCAUCCUUGCUUUUGGGGUCUUGGUCGGCGUACUUUUCUUGGAAGAAACCCAUGAGGAGCUGAAAGGUCGCCGAGAUUUUGGUAUUGAAGCUGGGAGGUGGCUCCUGGGCCAUUUCCAGACCAGACCAGCAGAUCAGAUCAUCGUGGACAAAGCUGGCGAGGCUAAUCUUCAGGAACAAUCCGCACUUCUAGAAGACGAAGAGCCCCCAGGAUACAGAACGAUUGAAGGCUCACCUUGCCAACCCUCAACCCCUUCUCUUUCUCCAAAGGCUCUGCCCGCGGAUGCAAAAACGAAAGGCAAAAGACGAGUGAAGAACAAGCCGCGAGGAGUCAGGAAAGCCUUCACGAAGCAGGUAGUAUUGAACAUCGCUGGCUUUGGUCUUCUCGCAUAUCACUCAAUAGCCUUCGAUCAGCUAAUGCCAGUAUUCCUGAGCGAGCCGAUCUCGACAGAGCCAAUAUCCCUGCCAUUCCGUUUCACUGGUGGUUUCGGCCUUUCGUCACAGACCAUAGGCUUGAUGCUAUCUGUGCAAGGUGUCUAUUCAAUGGUCGCUCAGCUCUAUCUGUUCCCGUUCGCUUCCCGCCACUUUGGCUCCCUGAAGUUGUUUCGCUGUGUCUUAAUGACAUGGCCGUUACUAUACCUUCUGGUGCCAUACCUGGUCAUUCUACCACAAGGACUUCAGAUGCCGGGAGUCUACCUAUGCCUCCUCUGGAAGAUAACAGCUCAAUGCUUUGCCUUUCCGUCGAACCAAAUCCUUCUCACGAACUCAGCCCCUUCUUCGCUAGUUCUAGGGGUAAUCAAUGGCGUUGCAGCAUCCUCUGCCAGUCUGGCCCGGGCUUUCGGUCCAACGGUGACAGGUCUGAUCCACUCUUGGGGUCUAAAAAUUGGCUUCACCGGCGUAGCCUGGUGGGCAUGUGGUGUUGUCUGCAUUCUAGGAGCGCUGGAAAGCCUCUGGAUUGAAGCAGUGGACGGUCGAAUGGACCAUGAAGAUGAAGAGCGUCUUGCAGAUGAAGCUUUGAUCGAUGCCCUUGCCAUCGAUGCCGCCAUCAACGCCGCUGAGGAUCUUCAGCAAUUCGAAGAGGGUGGUGUACAAAUACCCAAAUCAGAGUCGACGCUCAACUUCCUCUAG